AUGUCAGAAAACCCGUUCCUCGCCGACAUCAAGAAUGACCUGUACUGCGGUAUCGAAGUCGGCGACAUGAGAACUAGAAUCUACUUCAUAAACUCAAGGACCAACGAACGUCACAACGACUUUCCGUUUCCCAUACAACAUCUCGAUGCGGACACGUCUGCCGAAGAAAUCGCCAAUUCAAUCAGAGCAGUCCGGUGCAUUCUCGGGAAGCAGAAGUCGUGGAGGGCCGAUGCGAAGAUCGAGCGAGUGGUCGGUUGCCUGUCUGGGGCCAGCGUACAAUCACGUUUUUCAGUGUAUUCUUUCGCCAGUCAAUGACAUCAAUUAUCUUGAUGAAGUCAAGAAAGCGAUCUGCAAAGAAAACAUCAGUAGCAAGGCAGGCCUUCCGGAAAAGAUCAGUUGGGAGAACGAAAUCGAAACAAUGUUGAAGUAUCAUGUUCCGGAGGGAGGCCGUGAGAAUUAAUUUCAAGACUAGAAUGAGGUCUUCUUCUUUCAGUAGCCAUCGGAUUGCACGUCGGAGUGGACGUUCAGUGUGCCGUGUAUUCGAACAGGCAAACGUCGAGUAGCUCCGAUGCGAGUCCGGAGACCCACGGCGGAGCUCGUUGGAUUUCGAGAGAGGCCCGUCUCAGAUCUGCGGCAGAUGAGACGAACAGUUUCGAGAGGCCCCAGGACCCGGAAAUGACUUUAUUUCCCUGCGCGGAAGUUUGCCGACUGUUCAUGAAAGUGUUCAGUGCAUCUGGCGAAUUCGAGACGUCGUGCUUGGUUGUAGACUCUGAAAACCGCAAACUUCUGUCCGAUUUCGGAGAGCUGAUAACGAGAAGUGAGUAGUUUGCCGUGAUUUCAGAUUGAAACCUUGCAUUUGCAGAUUUGAAAGAGACAUUGGCAGCCGGGCAACCAGGAGACCCUGCAGUCGUGGCUUUGGUCAAGGAUGCCGGAGAAGAACUCGGUUCCAUCGUGCUGCAAGCCAUGAACCGCCACUAUUCUAAGGUAGCUUUUGGAAACUAGGAAUCGUCCUUGGAACACCAAGUAUUUUUCAGGCGGACAAGGAAGUUGUGGACGUUUUGAUUUGCGGCGACGUGGAAAGAACCACGCUGCUGGUGUCCAUCGAGGGAUUCGCCUCCAAGUUCAAUCAUAAGGAUAUGAAAACUGUGAAAUUGUACAGACCGAGGGAGCCGACGGCUGCUGUAGCGGCAAUUCACGCUGCUGAUCUGGAAAAAAUCACACUGAAGAUGGACCCGUGGGAAGAAGUCUACAACAUUGUUUACACUGAAGACGGACACAAAAUUGUAAAAAUCGUGUAG